AGUUAUUUGGAAGUCUUGAGUUGAGGGGAAAAAAGGAAGGGAGAGAGAAGAUGAAGUGUUUUGAUGGCCGCCUUAUCACUUACAAAAAUGGAAAAAUAUUUUAGUUCUCUAAAUACACGUGCCGUCAUCAUGGGAACUGAAAAUAUGGAUAGCAUGUUGGAGAUCUCAGCAGAGGCUAUCCAGUCUAAAAACUUUGAGCUUUCUAAGGGCAUAUAUGAAUACCAGAUAUUACGCUUCAGUGACCCGGUUAUUCAGCAAGAGUUACUGGUCAAACGAGCUGAUGCACUGGCUUUUGAUGGUAAGUUGAGUGAAGCAUUUGAAACAUACCAGAAAGCCUCGGAAUUCUACCGUCUUCGACCUGUCCAACUGGAGAAUCUUAUUCAGUGUCUCUCCGGACGUUUACGGAGGAUAGAGCGGCUUGACAGCCAAAACAACCAUUAUGUGGUGGCUGUAACUGAACGGAGCGGAUAUGAUACGUUUGCUUGUGGGAUAUGUUUUGGAUUCCUCUAUGAACCUGUUACAUUGCUUUGUGGACAUUGUUUUUGUAAAAAGUGCCUGGAGAGCGAGAGAAAGACUGUUUGCUGUAAAGGCUGCAAAGACCAUUCAAAAGUCACAGAACCGCACAAUUACAGAGUUAAUGUCGUUCUUAGCAACCUGUUAGCAAAGUGGUUUCCAUCUCAACUGAACGCAGUCAAGCUGAGACGAGAAGGGAAUGGACUAUAUGCAGAGAAGAGACUGGAAGAUGCCUUAGGAAAAUAUAAUGAAGCAAUACAUAUAGCUCCGAAGGACCAUGUGCUGUACGCCAACCGUUCUCAGAUCAAUUCCAGUCUGAAGAAAUUUGAGGAUGCACUCAGCGAUGCUGAUAUGGCUUGCAAAUUGAAACCACUUUGGGCAAAGGGACAUAUAAGGAAAGCGCAGGUCCUCACUGCAAUGGGGAAACGAAAGGAGGCUUUAACAGAGUACCUGCUGUCCAUCACUUUGGAUCAUGAAAGUGAACUAGCCAAAACCGAGGCUCAAAAGCUGCUAAGCGAUCUCCUUAUCCCAGUCAGGAAUUGUUUGCGAAAGAAAAUCCUUGACUGUACAACCUUGCAGUCUUCAAGGACAAGGCUGCUCUCUUCCAGCCUAAUCCCUCAUGGUCCCAUAAUGUUACAAAGAUCAUACAAGGACUAUAAAAUCUACAUCAACAACAUUGUGGCUCAGAGUGGCAGUUCAAGGGCCUUUUCAAGUACUGAGGAUUGUAGCAAGUACAGAUUUGAUACAGAAGAACCUGCCAGUGUCACUGGGCAAGGCCUCUUAUGCAAGCGCAAACUCAGUGCCGAGGACGAUGGCAAAACAACUACAGGUGAUGGUGCAUACAAGCGCUAUAAACUAGGAGAUGAGCAGAAAAAAGUGGACACAGGACGAUGCCGCAUGAUCACUGACCUGAUUGACCCAGGUGAUCUGGAGUGUUCACUUUGCAUAAGACUCUUCUAUGAGCCAGUGACCACUCCGUGUGGGCAUACAUUCUGUCUGAAGUGUCUAGAGCGAUGUCUGGACCACAAUCCUUCAUGCCCUCUUUGUAAGGAAGACCUUUCAGAAUACUUGGCACAAAGGCAAUACUGUAAGACUAUACUGAUGGAGGACAUCAUAAGCAAGUACUUGCCAGCAGAGCUUACAGACAGACAGAAGGUUUACGAAGAGGAAAUUGCAGAACUAUCCAACUUAAACAAGAACGUGCCUAUAUUUGUUUGCACCAUGGCCUUCCCCACCGUCCCUUGCCCCCUACACAUCUUCGAACCAUGCUAUCGGCUCAUGAUCCGCAGGUGCAUGGAAACGGGUACAAAACAGUUUGGAAUGUGCCUCAGCGACCCUGCUAAAGGGUUUGCUGAUUAUGGCUGCAUGCUCGAGAUUCGAAACGUGGAGCUCUUCGCUGAUGGCUGCUCUGUUGUGGACACCAUUGGGAGAAGGAGAUUCAGAGUAAUCCAGCAUAGCCAGAGAGAUGGCUAUAACACUGCAGACAUUGAGUACUUGGAGGAUAUUAAGGUAGCAGGGGAUGCUGAAACAGAGCUGCGGAUGCUCCAUGAUGUGGUGUAUGACCAGGCACUAGACUGGGUCAACUCCCUCCAGGCCGAGCAGAAGCAGCGGAUAGAAUCCCACUUUGGUCCCAUGCCAGAGAAGGACUUGGAGCCCCAGGGAUCUCCCAAUGGGCCAUCAUGGUGCUGGUGGCUGCUGGCAGUGCUUCCACUUGAAGGCCGAGCUCAGCUAUCCUUUUUGGCACUCACAUCUCUCAAAGACAGGCUGACUGGCAUACGCCGAGUGCUUGUCCUAAUGUCACGCAGUCAUUCUACGUAAUUUCCCCCUGCUUACCAAUAUGGCCUUUCACCCCUUUACUGCUCCCUCUUUACCAUAUUAUAUUAACCCUUCUCUAUAGAUACAAAGAGCUUCUUGACAAAAUUGGGUUUAGUUAAAUGGGAAUAACAGCUGAAGACUUUGCCUGGCUUCCGCAACUUGCUGAUCCUAUGCAUAGGAAUGACGGGUGCAUUACUGGACACAUGCAUUUCUUUCAUUCAUUUUCAUUAUUAUUUUGUAUUUUAUUAUUACUUUUAUUUAUAAAUGUGUGUGAAUUUGGUGCACAGUUUACAAUAAGGGAAAGGGUAUGUUGUGGACCCUUAUACUAAUAUUUACAAAUGUACACAUUCAAUUAAUUAUUUAUUAUAUUGUUGAUACAAAUGCUCAUUUUGACAAGAGAUGAGAAGAUCUGCAAAUUAGCUUAUCUCACAGUAAAGGAAUAAUUGAUUUUAUGCAUAACCAAAUGACUUGUGAAUUUUAUGAAGAACCACCCAGAAAUAAACAGCCAAACAACAUUUUGGCUAUUGAGAUGUACUUGAUAGCAUUCAUAAUAAGGCUUUGCAGAUGUUAAUUCAAUAUUAAAGAUUAUAAAGAUUUACUAUA